CUUUAUUGCUGGGUGUGAUUGCAAUUUGAAAGAGAAUCCAGCAUGAGCUAAAUACCCCCCAGUUUCUUCGAGCAAUUGCGUAUGACUGGGACUUCAUGUAAUCCACCUACUUGUCUACAUCUGGCACGGGAUAUCCUUUUCUCCGUGGACCUAACAUCAAUGGUGAACUUGUCAAGUAUCUCAUAAAGAUUCCUCCUUUUCUGCUCUCUGUCGCUCUAAUUUCUCCAUCGAUCAGGAAGAUUUCUCUUGAGCGAUGAGUGCAGGUCUAAAAAAAUCUUCUUCAAAUGGAUGUGAGAAGCCCUUAACAUCUGAAGAGCAGCAGGCAAAGAUUAAUGAGGUGAGAAGAUUGAUAGGGCCAUUGCCAGAUAAGUUGUCCAUUUAUUGUUCCGAUGCAUCAAUCUCAAGACACCUAAGGGCACGAAACUGGAAUAUAAAGAAGGCAACUAAGAUGCUGAAAGGUACUUUGAAAUGGAGGGCAGAGUACAAACCGGAAGAAAUUCGCUGGGAGGAGAUUGCUUGUGAGGCAGAGACUGGGAAGAUCUACCGAACAAAUUUUAUCGACAAGCAUGGGAGAUCAGUUCUUGUGAUGAGGCCUAGCUGCCAGAACACAAAGUCGACAAAAGGUCAAAUUAGGUAUUUGGUAUACUGUAUGGAGAAUGUUAUUUUAAACUUACCAGCCGAACAGGAGCAGAUGGUCUGGCUGAUCGAUUUCCAUGGCUUCAAUCUGUCACAUAUUUCGGUUAAGGUGACAAAGGAAACAGCCCAUGUCCUACAAGAUCACUAUCCAGAACGCCUGGGUGUAGCAAUACUCUACAAUCCACCUAAGUUCUUUGAACCAUUCUUUACAUUGGUUAAACCCUUCCUGGAGCCAAAGACUUACAAUAAAGUCAAGUUUGUUUAUGCUGAUGACCUCAACACCAUGAAAAUAAUGGAGGAUCUAUUCAAUAUGGACCAGCUUGAGUCCGCAUUUGGUGGAAAAGAUGCUUCAGGGUUUGACUUCAAUAAAUACGCGGAGAGGAUGAAGGAAGAUGACAAGAGGAUGCCAUCCUUGUGGUCAAGCCAGUCUCUUCCCUUGGCAACUCCACAACCAACACUGGCAUCUGUUACUGCAUCAAAGCCGGUCAACAUAGACUCAUAUUCUGAUUCUUCUGAUUAUGAUAGUAAACUAGACGGUUCCAAGUCUCAUGCAAUAGAUGCAAAAGUUGUUUCCCCGGAUAACGAUUCUUCGCUGACUGAUGGUGGUCAUGGACCCAGUAACAUAAAUCAGGACGAAAUUGUCUCCCUUGAUGGCAAAGCUUGAGCAUUGUUUUGUUUUCAAGGUAUGGUGCUCAGUAACAUCAAUGUAGCCCUGCUAACUAUGUCUAUUUAGAUAGAACAUUGAUUCUCAAAGAGGUUUUAUCAUGUUGAAUGCUUAGCAGCAUUGAUAUUCAAGGAUGAUUUUUCCUUCCAGAGUUACUCAACUAGUUAUGGGUGACUGCCCAUCAUGACUCUA